AUGAGAUCUUACAACUGGGGUCAAAAAGCUAAGAGAAGAAGAACUACCGGUUCCGGAAGAAUGCAAUACUUGAAGUACGUCAACAGAAGAUUCAAGAAUGGAUUCCAAUCUGGUGUCGCUAAACCACAAACCGCUUAA